UUUGUAAUGAAAAAAUUUAAUGGUCAAUCGGAAUCGACUGCCACAGCGUAUACAGCUAAAGCACCACCAACAACAACAACCUCGGCUAAAUUAAUCAUAUUGGAAACAAUACAGCAGCAGGAGCUAAAGCUACUGCAAUCUAACCCACACCACCGAAAAGUAGCAGAGAAGAAUCAAAUUGGCGUUGUCGGGGCGUCAGGUGUGACAGCACUAACUGCGCAGUCGAGUGAAACGUUAGUGACGUUGACAGCGGCAGAAGUAGUAGCAGCAGUCAACGCAAUAUCAGUGAAAAUUUUUAAUUUACAAGAAUCUUUAACUACUGUUAAAAGAGCAGAAAUGUUCAUUUAGUGGUAAUUUCAUUGAAUAUAACACGUACUCUAACACCAGCAGAAAAGCAAUAGAGCUAAAAUUUAAUACAGCAAAAAAAAUCAGUUUACGUGUUGGGACACAGUAUUUUCACUUAAAAUUGCACCUCGACAAAUUAACCAAUGAGGCGUAACUAUUUCCAGGAAGACUAGCAGUCUAACUGACGACGCAUAUUCAACUAUAUAUGACACUUAGAGCACCACAGCUGUGGAUAAAAGUAAAGCAGAAGGUUGGAAAAUUUUGAUUACUUGAAAUGUUUAUAUAUUUCUGAUACAAUUCCUGGUGCAGUUUUUGAAGUAAAAAAUUUAAUAUUUCUCCUGCUGUUUGCUGGAGGAUACAGUAUUUGUACGAACUUGAAUAUUUAGAGGACUAUCAACCAUUUUGAAUGAUCAACGCAUUGGCAUCACAGGCGGAACUGCAGCGUAGCUAAAUUGGUAGUCAACGCAUACCAAAAGCUUGUAAACGAAAAGUAAAGAAGAUUGAGAAACUUUUCGAGGCGGAAGUGAGUCUGUAGAAUACGGGAAAAGAAAUUUAGGAAAAAAUUUCGAACGCAGCUAAUAUACACAUAUAUCUACGCCGGACGGAAACUGGUGUUGCAGCCAACGAGUCGGAACAAGCCGAAGUGACAAAAACAGCCGUAGUUUGCGGUAAAGGCGGCGAGCAAUUGAACAAGCACCAGUGCAAAAGGAAUAAUCGCGUAGUUGUAUUUACUUUAGGCUUUUGUACGGGCUAGAUUUGGAAUUUCUGUAGUGUUGUCACCAACCGCAAAACAAAAAUAAAUUGCGAUUGCUUAAAAUUUCAAAGAACAACAAGAAAAUUUCUGUCAUAAAAAGAAAAUUUUAAUAUUUUCCAUUUCGAAAAAAAAACUUUGAAGAAAUAUUCUGAAAAAUUGUCGAAGUAUUUGUGCAAUACAGACGUCAUUUAAUAGUGUUCAACGUUCUACCAUUCAACGGAAAUAGAAAAUUUCCUCAGUUGAAUUGACUGCAUCCCCAGCAACCACAUAAAAUUAAAAUAAAAUAUACAACACCGUCAAUAGACAAUCGCAUAACAAUAUACAUAGAAAAUACCGAGAACCGUAAACGAAUCAGUCCGAAAAAAUGGUUGAACGCAUUUUGGAGGAAGAGGAGGACAAUAGCAAUGCCCCAGCUGGUACUGCAGUUGGUGGCACUAAUUCAAUAACAAGCAACAAUAAAAAUGUGGGUAGUGGGAGCGAUAGUGGUGUAGGCGGUGGUUGCACUUUCUCUACGGACACGGAUAAUAGUAGCAGUCGAUCAGGCGGCCAUAAUGAAAUGACACGCUAUAGUAGUUCGGGCAAUGAGUCCAGCGAGGCGCCUAAAUUGACGGAAAUCGAACGUCAAGCGGAACUAAAUCGUCAUAAGGAGGAAAUGCAAAAGAAACGACGCAAGAAGAAGCGCACCAGCUCCUCCUUGCAUUCGUCAACAUUUCAAGAAUUGUAUAAGCUGACGGGCGAAAUCCUUGGCGAAGGCGCCUACGCCUCGGUACAAACAUGCGUAAAUAUCUACACCGAUUUGGAGUAUGCUGUGAAGGUGAUCGAUAAAAUACCAGGACAUGCGCGUGCGCGUGUUUUUCGCGAAGUGGAGACAUUCCAUCAUUGUCAGGGACAUCCGGGCAUUUUACAGUUAAUUGAAUUCUUCGAAGAUGAUGAAAAAUUUUAUUUGGUUUUUGAAAAGAUUAAUGGCGGGCCCCUUUUGAGACGCAUUCAAGAGCAAAUUUGUUUCUCAGAACACGAGGCAGCGCAGAUUAUCAAAGAAAUCGCCUCAGGCUUGGACUUUCUACACAAGAAAGGUAUUGCACAUCGUGAUCUGAAGCCGGAAAAUAUUUUAUGUGUAUAUCCGGACAAAUUGUGUCCGAUUAAAAUUUGCGAUUUCGAUUUGGGAUCGGGAAUCAAAUUCACGACAGACGUGUCGUCACCAUCGGCAACGCCACAACUGCUAACACCCGUCGGUAGCGCAGAAUUUAUGGCACCCGAAGUUGUGGAACUGUUCGUUGGCGAGGCAAAUUAUUAUGAUAAGCGUUGUGAUCUGUGGUCACUUGGUGUGAUUGCUUAUAUUUUGUUGUGUGGAUAUCCGCCAUUUUCUGGGAAUUGUGAAAAGGAUUGCGGCUGGAAUCGUGGCGAGAACUGUCGCACCUGUCAAGAGUUGCUUUUCGAGUCCAUACAAGAAGGACGAUUUUCUUUUCCUGAUACUGAAUGGAGGGACGUGAGCGAAGAGGCCAAAGAUUUAAUUCGUGGGCUGCUCGUGAAGGAAGCACCAAAGCGUUUAAGUGCCGAAGCCGUGCUAAAUCAUCCAUGGAUUAAAUUUUCGGAGGAAGGGAGUCCAACAGAUAGUAAGAAAAUGGAGAACCGACGAAAAGCGCUACGCACUCCCGGCAAUAUAAGGCGCAAUCAAUCUGCGCGCGAAAUAUCGCAAUUUGCUGAAUCGGCAAUGGCUGUGAAACGCGUAAUAUUGCAACACUUCUCAAUGCGCUAUGAUUACAUGAAGGAGCGUCCGAAUAUAUACCAGCCAUCGCAAAUGCAACUCGACUCUCACGAUGGCAACACGGAUAACAACAGCCCACCAAUAUUUAUAAAGCCGCCACCAUCACGCAGUCGCUCUAUGAAUAACUCGUUGAGCGUCAGCAAUAAUUCCACUUAUGGUGGGCGUAACAGCAAUUUGUAUGCCACACGUCAAUCAGCUCGCUAUGGCAGCGUUAACGGCGGCGGUGGGGCUAAAUCGUCGAGCAUAUUUCACUCGGGUUCAUCAUCGUUUAAAACACUUAACGUACAUGAAGAAGACGACGAUGACGAGGAGGCACUAGAGGCAUUCGGACGGCUCGACGAAGAUGAGGAGUGGGCUCAUACAGGCGAACGUCAUAACCGGUACCUUACCGCCAACGAUGAGGAGAUAGAGAGCCGUAGACAAUUCAAGUAUGGUGCGGAAGAUGAGAGUGAUGAUGAGAACAGUCACCAUUAUUGGCGUGAUUUGGAUAAUGAAGAUGAUGGACAGAUCGAAGGCGAGGAGGAAGCGAGAAGCACAUAUGAGCCGUACGAACAGAGCGGCGAGUGCAGUGAUAAUCAUACGCUCCGUGACUAUAACGAUUACAACUGGCGUCCGAAGUACUACGUAGAUGGCGAUAAAGAAAUAGAAGAGUUAGAAAUUUGCAGAAAAGUGGAGAAGGGAAAUCGUUAUCGUCAUGACGAUUAUGGUGAUAAUGCUAAUACUAGUGAUGUGGAGGAUAAUUCCUGGUUUAGGGGUGGUGAUAAUCGAAAUAAGACAACAUUAUUACAGGGUGCCAUGCAAAUGAAGGAGGGAGAGAGAUCAGUAAGGGCUGAAAGUACUCUUGAGUUAAGUUUUAAUAAAUCAAAUUAUGAGAGUAAGGAUGUGGAUAAAGAUGAUGACGAGUGGAAGCGAGGCACUAUGCAGGAGCGACUGUUUGAGGAUACUGACUCUGUUAAUGUGGGUCAUGAUAAGGUUAAGGUUAAUAAUAAAGAUAAUAACGAUGAUGAAAGUAAUUUGUUUAAAAACUCCGAUCCUGAUGAAAGCGUUUUCAAGCGCGGACAAGAAAACAUGGGAAACCUAAAGCAACAACAGCAAAGCGAUUUUGGUAACGAGGAAAAAUUUUAUUUCAAUGCAGGUUCAAAUGCAAAUGCAAAACUCAAAUCUUAUUACAACAUCCAAGAUAAUAUUAAAGCAAAAAAUUUUGAUAAUGAAUAUAACUGUAAUAGUAGCAGUAGCAGCGGGGCAAGGAUCAACAAAGCAAAUGAUUUGUUGCUGACCAGUGAACAAAGCCAACUUCCAAUAAGUGAUAUUAUUAAUGAAACAAUCAUUAAUUCAAACACAAAAAUAAUAGAUGCAGGAGCACAAUCAGAAAAUGCAACAAAAACAACUCUUACCAUCAACAACGACAACAAAUUAAUUGUUUCGAAAGAUAAUUAUACGACAACAAAUGAAAAUGCUAAUUUAUUGGCUAGUAUUAGUGAUUUGAAAGAAAAGCUACCUGAAUUUAAUGAGACUGCAAAUAUUGUUGUCGCCGCGCCAGUGAGUGAAGACACAUUUGAGACUAUAGCAAUCAAUAACAAGAAGGAUAAAGCUACUGAGAUUGAAGAGCCAGCGACACCAAUUGGGCGAGGAGAAAAUAAGGUUUGCGCAAAAGCCGAACGAAAGAAGCAACCGAAGCUGGAUGAAGCAGUAGGAGCAAUAGCGGAGGCGAACGCAGUAGUGCCAACGGGUUCUAUGGCCGCGGCGACUACAAUACGAACGACUUCUGGCAACCAGCAACAAAGACAAAAACAACUACAAGAACAGCAGCCGAAAAAACGAAAUCAUAAUCAGCAACAGUUACAACAAAAACAACAAUACAAUGAAAUUCAAAAUCAAAAACUAAGUUUAAUAAAAACCAAACGUUCCUCGCGCGGUAAUAAAAUACAACGUAAUGUCUGCUUUGCGCUUGGCAGUGCCAGCGGUAUCAAGAGUGAAGGCGUUCACGAUGAUAACGAUGCAUAUCAGAAUAAUAAUUACGAUGCUGAGUUGGAGGACGAUGCCGAUGAAGAGGAUACUAUUACUUAUGGUAGGCCGCGUUCACACAGCACCAAUCAAACCAAUGCGACGGGAUAUGCGCGUCGUCAACAGCAAUACAACAACCAUCGGCGUUACUCGCAACCAUCAUCUAGCAACAAUGCUAAUAAGCAACAUCAGCCUGCUGGUCAAAUGGCCGAAAAUUGGCGCAGCCGUGGUGGCAUUCUAAUAAAUGGUGGUAGUGGCGGAGAAUUAUCGAAUAACACCAGCGGUGUAAAUAGCGUAAUAAUUGCAAAUAAUUCCCGCAACAAAUAUCGUACGCUAGGCGUUCACUCCCCCGGCUGGAAUGCUGGAGGGCAACGCAAUGGUGGCAGCGGUAGUGGCGGCUACCACUACAAUGUGCGUUCGGCUGUCGGCAACUUUAUUCACGUCGGCGUAACCGGUGCUUCACCACCAUCUGACGAUAGCGCUAGUAGCUCUUCUGGCGCCAUCCACAAUUGGCGUAACGAUUGCAUCUAUACAGGUGUACGCAACUGCGGUAUGCAACAGCGUCGCAGCUACCAGUAUCCAACACAGCCACGCUAUUCACCCACUCACGAAAGUGGUGAUUAUGGCAAUUCCGAUAUCGGCAGUGGCAGUGGUACCAUAAUGCGCGCCCAAAUUAUAAGCAGUAACCAACAGCAGCCGCGUAUCGGUUCAGGCCGUUUUACUCACUCUCCCUCUGGCAGUAUGUGUGUACAACAGUCUCGCGGCAGCACUGUCGGUGGCAUUUACAAUGGCGGCGGGAACAAUUUUAUCAUGGGCGUCGGCAGUGGUUCACCACCGUCACCUGGGGCAUUAGGCAUUGGACUCUCACCGCCGAGUGAGAGUUUGUUAAUGCAGCGACGCAUGCGGGUAGCAGCAGGCGUUGGACAACAUCUUGGUGAUUACUGUCAAUCAGCAACGGCGAAUGGUUAAUAAGCUAAAAUUUUACUACAUACACAUAAACAUAAAAAACAAAACUACAUUGAUACUAUGUCAAAACGUGAGGUGCACGUUUUUCGUGCGUUUUUUUUUUUUUUUUGUUCCAUUUUAAUUUUAUAGUAAAUGAGACCCACUUGAUUUCAUUUAUAACUGUGUAUAAAAAACAUGUAAUUAUGUGUGUGAGUGUCAUGGGAGAGGUUCAGAGAACAGUUGUAAAGAAAAAAUUGUGGCAAAAAUAUUCCUAACACUUCUUAAUCAAGAGAUGCAAUACCUUUUACAUGUUUGUGAAUUCUUUUGAAGCUCUGAAUACUUAUCUACUUAAAAACUUUAAAUAUGGCACAUUACUUCACUAGAUUGUAAAAUGUUUACAUUUUAUUUUUUAUACAGUUCAACUCUUCUCUACUCUUCACCUAUCUACUCACACACACAAAAAGCCUCAACGUAUUUCAGUUUUUAAUUUCAUUUGUAUUGCAAAAUGUAGCGUUACUUUUUUCUGUACCACUCGUUAAAUAAUUUUUUCCUCUUGUGUAUUGGAAAGUUAGGUGCUGAGUAAAAAGUACGGCAGAAGAUUUAUAGCCUUCCGGUUGUGAAUAAUACUUUUUUGCAUUAUUCUUGCGGAGAUUCUGGAUCGAAAAGUAAAAUGUGGGGAAAAAUUGAAAAAUAAAUAAAAAUCAAGUUUAUCGCUUUUAUCACUUUUCAAA